AUGGUGUUGGAGAGCCUGGUGGCUAACCUACUGAACCGUUUCCUGGGCAUGUACGUGCGGAACUUUGACCCCAAACAGCUUAAUGUCGGCAUCUGGGGCGGCGACGUCAAGCUCAAGGACCUCGAGCUGCGCCGGGAAGCACUCGACCAAUUCCACCUGCCACUCAAUGUAGUGGAGGGACACAUAAGCUCACUGGUCCUGAAGAUUCCCUGGACCAACUUGCGAGGCCAGCCUGUGAGGAUCACAAUCGAAGAUGUGUUUCUGCUUGCAGCGCCCAAGGAGGAUCAAGAAUACAAUGCUGAAGACGAGGAGAAACGAGCACACGCUGUCAAGAUGGAGAAGCUGGACAGUGCAGAACUGCUCAAGGAACGCAACACAGAAGGCAUGUCACAGGAGGAGCAGCAAAAGCAACAGACCUUCACUGCGGCUUUGACCACCUCCAUUAUCGACAACGUGCAGAUCCAGGUGAAGAAUGUACACAUCCGAUACGAAGACGCCAUUUCCGACCCUGGACAUCCCUUCGCCGCUGGCAUCACGCUUCAAGAGCUGAGUGCAGUAUCAACGGAUGAGAAUUGGAAGCCGACAUGGAUUCAAGGAGCGAGCGUCACAACACACAAGCUGGCUACCCUGGGCUCUCUCGGUGUCUACUGGGAUACCGAUACGGAGUUAUUGGGCACCGGUACCGGACAGCAGGAUGCAAAAGAACAGGGCAUGAAUCAUCAAGAUGUCGUAGACAAGCUUCGGAGUUUGAUCGUCGCAAGCGAUAGUGAAGCUGUGAAAGAGCACCAAUUCAUCUUGAAGCCGGUCUCUGGACGUGCAGGACUGGAAAUGGACAAGAGCGGCAAGCAUGAUCGCCCCAAGAUGAAGGCUCGCUUGUUGUUCAACGAGUUGGGUUUCGUCCUCGACGACCACCAAUAUAGAGACGCCUUGAUGCUGGUAGAUCUCUUUCACUACUUCAUACGGCACCAGGAGUACAAGAAAUUGCAGCCAAAAAAGUCGCCAAAGGAAGAUCCCCGUGCUUGGCUCCUGUUUGCCGGAAAUGCAGUUGUGGAGCGAAUUCAUGACAAAAACAAGCGUUGGUCAUGGGCCUACUUUGCGGAACGACGAGACGAUCGCCGAGAGUACAUCAAGUUGUUCAAGAAGAAGAAACGGGAGGAAACCCUCACCGCGGAUGAGAGCAAGGAUCUCGACCGGCUCGAGAAAAAGUUGACAUACGAAGAUUUGAGAUUCUGGCGUUCGCUGGCGAGGAAUGAGCUGCGCAAGGAGGGUGCAGUCAAAAAGCCCGCAAAGCAAAAUACCGGCUGGCUAUCCUACGUCUGGGGAGGUUCUAAGCAGGAAGCACAGACGGACGACGACAGUCAGAUGUCUGAAGAGCAGCGAAAGGAGCUAUACCGAGCCAUUGAUUUCGACGAGAAGAAGAAUAUUACCGAAGCCGUCGAUGCGCCACGGGAAGCAAUCAAGAUGCAAGUCGACAUGAACCUCAAGACUGGAAGCUUCACAUUGAAACGCGACCCGCACGGAAAGAAGCAGGAAAUGCUGCGACUACUAUUCGAUGACUUCAGUACCGAGUUCUUGCAACGAACGGAUUYCACCAUGGUGGAUCUCAGCCUGGGCGGGAUGCGCAUAUACGAUGGAUCGACCGAUGGCAACUUGUUCGAACAGAUGCUCAGAGUCAAGGACGCGCCUCCAGUCCCGGACAGUCAGAGAGUCCAGGAAAUAGGCGAUGAUGGCAAGCCAAAGGACGAAGCUGCCAAGGGCGAUGAUGCGGAUCUUGAGGCAGAUCCAUUCUUCGCUCUCACAUUUGAGAAUAACCCGCUUGACAAUCGUGCCGACACGGCGUUGAAUGUCAAGCUGAAGGCGAUGGAGAUUGUGUACAAUCCGAACUUUGUCGUUCAACUCACCAAAUUCUUUAAGCCUCCAGAGAAGCAUAUGGAGUCCAUUGGAGCGCUGAUGGAGACUGCUGGCUCAACUGUAGAAGGUAUCCGACAGCAGACGAGAGCAGGACUCGAGUUUGCAUUACAAGAACACAAGACCAUUGACGUACAGUUGGACUUGCAAGCCCCUCUCAUCAUCGUGCCGGACACGGUGACCAAGACGAGCACCAUUUGCUUGAUCCUGGAUGCUGGUCACAUCAGCGUUAGAAGCGAUCUGAUCGAUAAGAAGACCUUGGCCGACGUGCAGAGCAAGCAGAAGCACCAGUACACCGACAAAGACUUCAAGCAAUUGGAAUCUUUAAUGUACGACAAAUUUCAGCUUAAGCUAGAGUCUACGCAGCUCCUCAUCGGUAACACCAUUGAUGAGACCAAGAGACAGCUCGAUGCCGCAACCAAGUCUCGUCACUUCCACCUUGUUGACAGAAUCAGCAUGGAUUUCCAGGUUCAGACUUGCAUUGUCCCAAAAGCAACUGAUUUAACCAAGUUUAAGAUUGUCGGGCAUCUCCCAGUCUUACACGMAAAGUUCUCGGAUCAGAAAUACAAGUCACUCAUGAAGUUGCUCGACUUUGCUAUACCCAAGUUUGAUGAGCCUGAGCCAGCCGACCAAGCAAAGCAAGCUCUCAAAGCACCAGAUGACGAAAAGUCGAAAGCGCGUAGGAAGAGUCAAUCACGGCCUCGCGGAAAGUCGUUCCAGGCGUCGCGACCCGAGCUCUCAGCUGAGGUUGAGCACGGCGCAGAAGAGAAGCAACGGGAUGUCCAACGCAGUGGAGAUAAGGAGGCCAAGAAACAAGAUGUCAAUCCUGAGCAGCGCAACUUUGAGUUCAAGUUCACCGUCGACAAGCUGCAGGGUUCCUUGUACAAGUCUGAUCCAGAAGGCAAGCGGGAGGAUCGACUUCUGGUCGACCUCAUCGCCGAAACCUUUUACCUCGAGUUCUAUCAACGUCCAUUCGACAUGGUAGCCGAUGUCAGACUUCGGGCGCUCACAGUGGAGGAUCAUGUUGAGGAUAGUCCGGCACCAGAGUUCAGGAACCUCAUCUCAAGCGAGGAUCUCGUCAACAAGACUCAGCAAGAUCUGUUCACAAUACAUUUUCAAAUGGUGAACAAGGAUCAUCCUGAAUUCGAGAGCAAGUAUGAAGGCAUCAAGACGAACCUCAACGUGGACAUAUCUACAAUCAAUCUACUCGUGACGAGGAAGACGCUACUUACCCUGCUUGACUUCGCCAUGGUCACUUUCGUGCCCGCCAACAACAAUACCGAGCGGGAUGUCGGAGUGAAAGAGAUCGAAGACGAAGAAGACGCUGAACCAGAGAAGCAGCCAGACGGUGACAAGAUUCGGAUCAAAGCACAGCUCAAUCGGAUCGCCGUAAUUCUCAAUAACGACGGCAUACGCCUCGCGACGCUCAGUCUGACGUCCGCAGAGGUCAAUGUCUUCUUGAUGGGCCAAACUAUGCGAGUUGGCGCCCGACUUGGUGCUCUUGAUCUUGUCGACGAUAUCAAUCAGGGCGUCUCUGAGGACUCUGCUCUCCGCAAGCUUGUUUCCAUUCAAGGCGAUGAACUGGCCGACUUCCGCUACGAGACCUUUGACGCCCACUCUCCGUCCUAUCCCGGCCAUGACAACUCCAUUUACCUCCGGUCUGGCUCUAUCAAGAUCAACUUCCUCACAGAGCCUUUUCGCAAAAUCAUGGAAUUUGGUGUGAAAUUUGGCAAAAUGCAAGCCAUCUUCAAUGCUGCUCGCCAGGCCGCGGCAAAUCAGGCAAGCAAAGUCCAGGAGUCUGCAGGCAAGAUGCACUUCGACAUCUWGAUCAAGACGCCCAUCGUCGCGUUUCCCAGAAUGGUCAUAACCGAUAGUCCCGAGAGGGACAUGAUGACUGCUUACCUGGGUGAAAUUUACGCGAACAACAAGUUUGCACCCCUUGAGGGUAGUGGUGAAGGAGGCGACACGGCAAACAAGCUCUCGGCUGGUAUUCACAACAUUCGUCUCACGAGCACGUUCCACUACCCAAACCACCAGAGUGAGGAGCUAGAGAUGAUCGACAAGGUCAACCUGGAUUUUAACAUCACUCAAGUUGAACACAGAUUUGGCCUGGAAAGACCAGACAUGGAGAUUGAAGGGUCCAUGUCGAACAUCAACUUGCGGCUUACAGAGGCGCAAAUGAAAUUCGCCAUGGAGCUUUCAAGGAACGUACCGCAGGCUUUUGCAUUGGAGGAUGCCGAUGAAUUGGAGGGGGAGGCCGAAGAAGAACUUCCCGACCACGUCGUUGAGCCCGCACAGGCUGUAUUGCCACCACCUGACGCAAAGAAAGAUACCGCGCUUGCGCAGAGGCCGUCUCAUCAAGGACCAGAGCUUGGUAGCGACGACAAAGCAUGGACUAAGCUCGAUCUUAUCUUCAAGGUCGGCGCGGUGGGUCUGGAGCUUGUGCAAGGCAAGGUUGAUGCUCCAGUCGGKGACCUCGAAGCCGCCAGCUUGUCAAAGUUCUCGCUCAACGAGACGAGUGUCAAGCUCCGAAUGCUCAGCGAUGGAGCUCUUGAGAGCGAGCUGUUAGUGCAGAGCUUCACCAUUACGGAUUCGAGAUCUUCCAAAGGCGAAGGCAAGAACAAGUUCCGCAAGAUCAUGAGUCUGAUAAAUUCGGACGUCAAGCAACAGUUCAUGGCCAGCGUGUCCAUCUCUGGCGGGGAAGAGAAGAACUUGAUCGCCUUGUUGACGAUAGACAGUCCACGGGUGAUUCUUGCAUUGGAUUACCUGUUUGACGUACUCAAGUUUGUGCAGAGCGGGCUGCAGCAAGACGAGCCCUUGGUGGUAGAGGAGGAGUCCGCAGAGGGCGAUCAAGACGAUGAUGCCGUAAGCGCAAGCACGCAAGACAUCGUCGAGCAGAAGAGGUCCCAGGCGAAAGACGCGCCGUCUUCUCAGGCCGCUCCCGCAAUGAGCAUCUCCUAUCGAGUCAAUAUUGUUGACGCACAGAUUGUUCUGAUCGCGAACCCCGCCAUUAGCAAUUCUGAAGCCAUUGUGCUUGGCACGAAGCAGGUCCUUGUAAGCCAGCAACAUGCCAUGACACUGCAGGUAGAGAAGGUGGGAAUGUUCCUCUGUCGCAUGGAUCAGUUCGAGACGACGAGGCUGCGUAUCCUGGAUGACUUCAGCAUUCAGACAAGCCUCGACAUGGCCAAGGACUCUAGUCUUACGAGCAUUCAGGUUGACAUCGAACCCUUGGUCUUGAGAUUGAGUCUGAGAGACAUUAUGCUUGCAAUGCAGAUUGCCAAUCGUGCGACGGCCAUGAGUGCAGCACAAGACGGUGGGAACAURGCAGGAGAGGAACCGAAGAAGAUCGCCCAAGUGAAAGCUGCGCAGGCGAAGAGCACUAAAGAUGCGAAGAGUAUGAAGAAGAGCACCGGAGGACAUGUGAAAAGCCUUUCAGCUUCGAAGGCUCCCAAGACUGUGGAGAAAUCCAUCCCCAAAGCGGGUUCUACGGUACUAAGCCGCGAGGAAAUGAAACUCGACAUGCAGGGCAUCCGUGUUGUACUUAUUGGCGACCUGCACGAGCUUCCCAUGCUGGACUGGAGCGUCAAAGCUUUCAAUGUGGAUGUGCGCGACUGGACCGGGAACUUGACCGCAGACACGAGCAUAGACACAUUCUUCAAUGUAUACAACUUCUCCAAGUCGGCAUGGGAGCCGCUCGUGGAGCCCUGGCAGGUUGGGUUCCACAUGGCCAAAGAGAUGGCGCCGGCGGAGAAGUUGGCUGUCGAGCUGUACUCAAGAAAGAGCCUGGAGUUGACAAUCACGAGCGCAACGAUCGCACUCGCGAGCAAGUCGAUGAGAUUCUUAAGCAGUGAGGAGGAUGUCCUCAGCAAACCCAGAGGGAACGACAGCCCGUACAAGAUUCGGAACUGGACAGGCUUUGACUGCGAUGUGUGGGCUUGUGAUGACUCCGAAGAGGGCCAGGCUGCCAAGCUCAAGGAUGGAGAAGAGCAUCCAUGGCGCUUCGAAGACCCCACCACGACGCGUGAGACCCUCAGCCCGGAGAGCCAAACGGGCAUCAUCGGCAUACGUCUGGACGGCAGCGGUUUCGAUAGUGUCGAACGCAUUCAAGUCAGCCGAGAGGGUGAGACGAUGUACAACCUCAAGCCUAGGAAGGAUAAGGUCCAGCAUCGCUUGUUGGUUGAGGUCGAGCUUGGGCUUGACAAUGUGAAGUACAUUACCCUGAGGAGUCCUAUGUUAGUGGAGAWUCACACGCAGAUCCCAAUCGAGCUUGGCGUUUACAGUCCAGACGACGGACAUUUGCUCAAGAUCGAGAAGGUCGCGCCUGGAGAGAGCAGACCAGCUCCAAUUGGUGCGGCUUUCAUGCACUCGCUGGUGGUAAGGCCCGAUCAGGGAUUUGGCUAUACCUGGAGCAACGAGCGUUUGUUCUGGAAAGAUCUCCUGAAACGUCCUGUUAGAACCAUCACCUGCCAGGGCGAAUCCGAGGACAGCACACCUCCCUUCUACUUCCAGAUGCAGGCAAUCUUCGACAAGAACAACCCCUUGACGGCCGUGUACCCAUAUAUGCGGAUCCGUCUUUCGGCUCCAAUCGAAGUGCAGAAUCUCUUGCCCUUUGACUUCAAAUAUCGCAUUUACGACAAGAACACGAAGAAGGACUGGACGAACUUUCUUCGGAAAGGUGGCGUCAGCCCUGUGCAUGUCGUAGAGCUCUCGCACCUGCUGUUGAUGAGCGUCGAUAUGCAAGACACACCUUUCAAGGCGUCCGAGUUCGCCAUCAUCAACGCGGCAUCUAACGAGAAUGAUUUCAGGCGGGAGCGGACAUUGACCGUCAAGGAUAACAACAAUCUGGAGCUGAGACUGAAGAUUCACUACUUCAACGUCCCGGACAGUGGCGGCGCAUUCAAAAUCACUCUCUACAGUCCAUAUGUCGUCCUCAACCGCMCUGGACUCGAGCUGGAUAUACGCAGCAAGGCGUACUUUGGUAGCACCAAGUCUGCAGCAGGCACAGCAGCGACCUUCGCGGACACGACUUCCGAGGAGGAGUCAAGGAAAGCCACGCCUUUCAUGUUCUCCUUCCCGUCAGAUGACCGCAAGAAUCGCGCUCUACUCAAGGUUGGCGAAAGCGCUUGGAGUCAGCCUGUUAGCUUUGACGCCAUUGGCGCGAAUGUUGAUAUCAAGCUUCCUUCUGCCGAUGGAAGAUCAGAAAUGCACUGUGGUCUGACUGUCACCGAAGGCGAGGGCAAAUACAAGCUUACCAAGGUCGUGAGCGUUACGCCAAGGUUCAUCGUCAAAAGCAGACUGGAGGAAGCGAUUCAAAUCCGUGAGCCAGGCUCCAGCGAAGCCAUGACACUGCAGCCCGGCGACCAGCGUGCCUUGAGGUUUUUGAAGCAAGCUACUGGUCAGCAACUGAGCCUUUGCUUCCCGGGUGUGAAUAAUUCAUGGAGUAGUCCUUUCGACAUUGCAAACAUGGGCAGCGUGCACAUCAAGCUGGCUAAGACGGGAAGUCGACAACAAUUGAUACGAGUUGAGGUCAUGACGGAGCACUCUACUAUCUUCCUGCAUCUCAGUCUGGAAAAGAAGCACUGGCCAUUCUCAAUGCGUAACGAGAGUGACCAAGAAUUCCUGUUCUGGCAGGCCAACCCCAACGUCGACGAAGACGAAGAGGAGAGAGGUUCGUCUUCGGGAUGGAAGCCGAUCCGGUACCGUCUCCCUGCGCGCAGCAUCAUGCCAUAUGCGUGGGACUACCCUGCGACGAAGAACAAGAAUUUGAUCCUCAGUGCGAACGGAAAAGAGAGACACGUCAAGCUUGCAGAGAUUGGCAACCUCAUUCCCAUGAGAAUCCCUGGACAGCCUGGACAGCUCGGUAAGGAAGGUCAGAAGAUUAUCGAUCUGAACGUCGUAGCAGAUGGUCCUACCCAAAGCCUGGUCUUCAGCAACUACAAACCGCAGAUGAGUUUGUACAAGCAAAAGUCCGCUUCGGCAAGCCAGAGCACCACAGCUGGCUUCGAGGUCAAGGAACAAGACACCGAUGUCACAAUGCGGGCUACCAUACGCUUUGCAGGUAUCGGCAUCAGCUUGGUCAACUCUCAAAUGCGGGAGCUUGUCUACGCCACUUGGAGAGACAUCGAACUCAAAUAUACGGAUUCGCCGUUGUUCCAAACUGUUGCAAUCACCAUAAAGUGGAUCCAAGUCGACAAUCAGCUCUACGGCGGCAUCUUUCCUCUGAUAUUAUACCCCAGUGUGGUGCCCAAGACUGGCAAAGAGAUGGAAGCUCACCCCAUCUUCCGCACCACCGUGACGAGGGUCAAGGAUGAUAGCUAUGGUGUGCUGUAUAUCAAAUACGCGACCUUCUUGAUGCAGCAGAUGACAAUCGAAAUUGACGAGGACUUCAUUUUCGCAUUGCUGGACUUCUCCAAGGUCCCCGGCGCCAGCUGGACGGAAGAGAAGGAAGGCCAGCUGGCUCCGGCUUCUCUCGACAUCCCAGAGCCCGAACAAGAAGACGGCGGUCAAGAUAUCUAUUUCGAGCUAUUGCAUCUCCAACCUAUGCAAUUCGAUUUGAGCUUCGUCCGAACGGAGAGAAUCAACGCGGAGGAUACGGGUAGUUCGAGCAGCAACCCAUUCAUGUUCGCAGUGAACGUGCUGACCAUGAGCAUUGGAAACGUCAACGAUGCUCCGAUUCGUUACAACGCCCUCAUGCUGGAGAACGCAAGACUCAGCAUGGGCGCGCUGAUGAGCAGCAUUCAGAGCCACUACGUCCAAGAGUCUCUCCGACAAGUCCACAUUGUGAUUGGAAGUGCGGACUUUUUGGGUAAUCCUGUGGGUCUCUUCAACAACAUCUCAUCAGGUGUUGCCGACAUCUUCUACGAGCCGUACCAGGGGCUUGUCACAGAUCGACCACAAGAUCUUGGAGUAGGCAUCGCAAAGGGAGCAAGCAGCUUCGUCAAGAAGAGUGUCUUUGGAAUUUCGGACUCGGUGAGCAAAUUCACCGGCAGCAUCUCCAAAGGACUGGCAGCCGCGAGUAUGGACAAGGAAUUCCAGGAUUCACGACGCAUGUCCCGCAGCAGAAACCGACCGAAGCAUGCGUUGUACGGUAUUACAUCUGGUGGCAACGCAUUCGCGACCAGUCUGGCGAGUGGCAUCGGCGGUCUGGCAAGGCAGCCUUUGCAAGGCGCCGAGAAGGAAGGGGCCGCCGGCUUCGUCAAGGGCGUUGGAAAAGGACUGCUAGGUCUCCCAACGAAGGCAGCAAUCGGAGCCUUUGAUCUCGCCUCUAGCUUGGCGGAGGGUGUGCGAAACACCACGACCGUCUUCGAUCAGGAAGGUCUUGACCGAGUCAGGCUGACCAGGUUCAUCGGUACCGAUGGUGUGGUGCGGCCGUACUCGCAGCGAGAAGCACUUGGCCAGUUCUGGCUGAAGACGCUAGACAACGGGAAGUUCUUCAACGAGAACUACAUUGCUCAUCUGGAACUCAACUCUGGCUCCCAGGGCAACAUGAGCUCGCCGACCAGCCCGACUACACCAAGUGCAGCACGUCAGAGUAGCGAGGCGACUAUGUUGGUGAUCAUCACUUACAACUCGAUCAUGCUGGUGCGGGCUAAGAAGCUCACGAGUGAGUGGGAGGUGUUGUUGAAAGACAUCCAGACUAUUUCGAAGGAGAGGACUGGCAUGAGUAUUGUGCUGAAAGGUGGUUCCAACGGGCCAUUCAUACCUAUUGCCGAUGAGGGAAGCCGCAACUGGUUGUAUCGUCAGGUUGCUGUGGCGGUUAAUGCGUACAACGACCGGUGGAAUGCGAAGGGUUGA